AUGGAAGCUAGAGACAACAUUGUCGUCAUAGGUGACCUAAAUCUCAGCACGAUAUCAUGGCUCCACAGUAGUAACAACUUCCGAUUCCCCGAUUAUUCUCGUUCUUCGAUCAGACCAGCAUCGUUUGCCCUACUCGAUGCGUAUUCUACUGCCAGGCUCCGGCAAGUGAAUGGUGUUUUGAAUACUAACAACCGUUUGCUCGAUUUGUGCUUCAUCAGUAAGGAUUUGGGGCAAAACUGUUCCCUUCUACGAGCUCCUGCGCCGCUUGUAAAAUUUUGCAGACAUCAUCCACCUCUACUACUGACGCUGGAACUGCAUCCUGGGCAUCGCUUUAAAGAAAUCGCCGAAACUAAUCACUACGAUUUUAAUAGAGUAAAUUUUGUUGGAAUGAACAACUUCCCAGCUGGCGUUGAUUGGAAUACUUCGCUCGCCUGUGACGAUGCUAGCUCCGUAGCUUCGACGGUGUGUAAUGUUUUGCUUUACGCCAUUGACCAGUUUGUGUCUAAAAAACGCCACCGUAAACCAGCCAAUCCAAUCUGGUCCAAUUCAGUUUUGAAACACUUGAAGAGAAUAAAAAGAGCGGCCCUGAGGAAAUUCAGUAAACAUCGAACUGAUGCUGCGAAAGCUGAAAACUUACGCGCCAACGCCGCUUACAAGCGCCUCAAUGCCACUUUAUAUAAAAACUACCAGUGUGAUCUGCAGAAUCGUCCCAAAUCGAAUCCCAAAAAGUUCUGGAGCUAUGUAAACAAACAACGCAAAGAAUCUGGUUUGCCGUCUAACAUAACUAAUGGGACCAUUGAAGUGGACACUGUCGAAAGUAUUGCCGAAUUGUUUCGCACCAAAUUCUGCAGUGUAUUCUCUGAGGAAAAUCUAAAUGCUCAGGAUGUCGCAAAUGCCACGAGUAAUAUACAGACUAUGCGAUUAUUCGGCUCUUCGUUCACUAUUAAUAGAGACAUGGUGAUUGAAGCCGGGAAUCAAUUGAAAACAUCAAUAGGAUCUGGCCCUGAUGGUAUUCCCUCGUUAAUCCUCAAACGAUGUUUGAAAUUUCUUGCUGCACCUUUGGCCAUGUUUUUCAACCUAUCCUUAACGACGGGCGUUUUCCCCGAAUGCAUUCACUAG